AAUAUUGGUACAAAAAUCUCAUCAUACACAUAACAAUGGAUGUCUGUUCAAAAUAAGAGGACUGCCAAUAUUAAAUACAGAUGGGUUUAGAAAAUGAUAACAGUAGUGCUCAAGACGUACCACGAAAUGAUAUUUUUAAAGGCGUAACGUACUAUGUUGUUGGAAAUAUAAGUGAAAAGGUGACAACAUUGUUGGAGCAGAAUGGAGCUAAAAGAGACUCGUACCUCUGUGAAAUGGUCAGUAUUGUCAUUGCAGACAGUACAGGCUCGGACGAUUAUUCUGAAGCAAAAGAGCUUUUUGAACUGCCUAUUGUUACGAGUGAUUGGGUGAUACUCUCUGUAAAAUGCCAAAAGCAAUUACCUAAAGAAAUAUUCUUUCUUGAAGAUAAAUUAUUCUCAGGUGUAAUCGCAUGUCCUGGAGAAAUUGAUAACGAGGAUGCUCUUCCAUUGUGGGGGAUGCUGGUCUACCAUGGUGGUAGGUGUCAGCCAAAUUUAGAUGACACAGUUACCCAUCUUAUCACUACAAGUACUGAAGGGCCUAAGUAUACUGCUGCUCUUCAGUACGGGGAAAAAAAGAAAAUUGUCACCCCUGACUGGGUCUCAGACUGUAUAUCUAAAAAGGAAAUUCAAGACGAAGAGAUCUACCACCCUAGAUGGCUGCAGUACCCCAAACCUCAACCACCCACCCCUCCACCAGAACUACCAUCAGAUAUGGAGUUGGACACCCCAUUUACCUCAUCCUUUGAUGGCAUGCCACCCUUGGAGGUCAUGAAUAUCUCUCCUAGUCACCAGAUGUUUUCAGUCCGACUAAAUCACAGUAAACCAUUUCCUCCAGAAGACAGAUUGGAAACGCCUCGACCUGACACCCCCAGCGCCAAAGAGGCCCUCGCCAGAAAAAUAAGCAGCAGAAUCUAUAGCAAGUCUUCCUCUGAGCCUACAACACCAGAAAGGCCAAGUGUACCUAUGCAACCGGUUGGUUCCCCUGGGUUAUCCAGUGCUAUCAGAUUAAACCCAUCAAUGCCAAACAUUGGUUUCCAGCCCAGACUUGAGCAGGCUAACAUCCGAAACACACUAAGAAAUAUCACAAACAGAGCUGCGAUUCCAGCUAAUAUACCAGUUAGACAGCCCGUCCCACCAGUUCCUCCAAAGAUGAAUCCUAUGGUUGGGAUGGGUAUGCAACCACAGCAUCGACCGCCCCCACCAGAUUAUCCCUUCCCACCAAAAGCUCCUGUAAUGUCAGCUCCCCCACCCGCGCUUCCAGUGCCCUCUCCCCACCCUGUGACCCCUGUCCCACCUGUACCUCAGACCCAAUCAGGAAGUGUUUAUUACGGCCAUGACCCUAAAGAAAAUGUGCCCCCAGAUCUCUGCCUUCUGGGCUGUGUGUUUUGUAUCACAGAUUAUCAACAUAUCCUUGGUGCAGAAGAAGUUGCUGUAUGGAGAAAGGUAAUGGAGCAAUAUGGUGGUCAGGUUGAAUCAUCCUAUUGUAAUAGAGUCACUCAUGUUUUAUGUUCCAAUCAGAAAUCAGAUGUGUUCAAAAUGGCACUUAAAGAAGGCAAAAGAGUCGUCACUGCCUUUUGGUUAAAUGACUGCCUGUUACAGAAGAAGAUGGUACCUCCAUGGCAAGCUCUUCAUUUACCAUUGUCAUUCCAUUCAGAGAAGCCUGGGUUCAACCAGAUGAUUAGUGUGACCAACUUUGAUGGAGAAGAGAGAGUGAGGUUAAAACAAAUGAUCAAUGCUAUAGGAGCCAAGUAUACUGGUUAUAUGACACACCAUAACUCAGCUCUUAUUUGUAAAAAACCUGGUGGGUUGAAAUUUGAAAAAGCUAAAGAGUGGAGAAUAGCAGUUGUGAAUGUUCAGUGGCUGUCAGAUCUGGUCUUGGGGAAUAUGGAUGCUCUGAGACUUCCUGUGCAUGUGAGAUAUCUUCAAGUUGGACAAGGGAGAGAAUUUCACAUGGAUUUGUCACGAGUAACCCACCUCAUGGGUGGCUGGAAAUCUCCACUUAGAAUUAACAAAGAAACAUGGAAGAGGUUUAGACCUAUCACAAAUUCUGCUAUUGGUCAAGAAAACUCAAAUUCGAAUGGCCCAUCACCACCCAAAAGACAAAAAGUUGAUACAAGUACACCUGCACCCGAGGUGGGGUCGAAUGUACCUAAGAUUUUGUUCACGCUAUACCCCAAGUCACAGGUGGCGAGACUUGAAGCUUUUGUAAAAAAACUUGGUGGUAUAAUAGUCACAAACCCAUGUCACUGCACCCAUCUGGUAUGUCCGAGUCUUGUCAGAACCAUCAAAUUUUUUGUGGCCAUCAACACCUGCAGGCAUAUCAUCACAAAAGAAUGGAUCGAAGAUAGCAUCGCACAGGAACGAUUUUUAGAUGAAACAAAUUAUUCUUUGAAGGAUGAAAAAGGAGAAAUAGCAUUGAAUUGCAACCUGUCAGAGUCAAUGAGACGAGCUCAGUCUAGACCAUUGUUCCAGGGUUUAACAUUUUACAUAACACCAAGUGUUGUACCCCCAAUAUGCGAGAUGAUGACCAUCAUUGAAAGUGCAGGAGGUGUUUUGGUUAAGAUUAGGCCAUCGGUUAAACAAAUUGCAGCGUCUAUGGAUGAAAAGGGGCAUCCUAAAAUAAUAGUUAUUACCUGCCUUAAUGAUUUGCAUCUUUCAGUUGACCUUCGCAAUAGAAAAUUACCCAUUUUUAAUGCAGAAUUUAUUCUUACUGGAGUUAUGCGCCAAGAACUGGAUUAUAACAGUUUUAGAAUAAUUGUUUCUCAGUAGAGUUGCUCCCUGCUGUUAAAAGCAUUUAUUGUCAAUAUUGUAAAUAUUAUUGUACGUUCACAUUUUACUUUCACUAUUAUUUCAUCAAACCAUUCUAAUUAGGUACUGACAUCAUGCAUAAUAUGAUUUGACUUUUUGACAUCUAAAAUAUGCUUGAUUUUGAAAAAGUGAGGUGCUGUGUUUGAAUGGCUCUACUAGCAACAGGGACAUUUAAUGACUAAAUCAGAUUUAAGCGAAAUAAAAGGUUUUAGGUUUUUUUUUUUACACAUAAAAGAUGUUUGAUGAAAGUUAACAUUUUAAGUGCCUUUAACAAUACAUGUUUGUUGCAUUAUUUGAAUGACAAAUUUAACUGACCACUGAUGAUAAUGGUAUCGCAUUUUUAAAUUAUUGGUUUCUUUUAGAAUUGUAAAUAAAAACUUGUUUUUCCCCCGGUAUGUUUGUUCACAAAAUCAACGCAAUUCAUAUUGUAUAUACAUUUUCAUCUCGCAUUACACAUUUUAAAACCACAUUGUAUACAUUAAUAAUAAAAAUUAUAAUUUUAUCUAUAAACUGGGUACCUCAAGUAAAAAAACUCUUUCAGAAAAGAGUUUGUUUUUGAGGAUCACUUUACCAUUUACAUGAAUUUAUAACUUUUUUAUCUUAAUAAAAAUAGUACAUGAGUUAGCUAUCUGGUUUGAGUUCACUCUAACCCCACAAAAAGCAAACUAUCAAACAGUUUCCCUAUGGAGUUUCUGUAAUUGCUGUUAUUUUUUGUCCAAACAACACCAACACUGAAAAGGAUGAUAUUGGUUUUUAAUGUCCUAAAUCCAAUUUAUAGCAUUAUAAUGAGCUUACAAGACUAGUUUGCAGCUAUACUUUUAAUAUUCAAUUUAUUUUUAAAUAAUAAAAAUUACCUGAAAAAAAUUGAAUACUUAUUUUUAAAAAAACGUUUUGUUUUAGUUUUUGUAUACUUCAAAGGAUUAUAUAUUUACAUAGUGCAGAAUAGUGGUCUGUUUGAAAUAAAUAGAAAAUUUUACACAUUUGAUAUGUCAAGUCAAUUGUUUGGCAUGUACAUUUUGAUUAAACAUUGACUAAAAAUU